UCCUCCCAUUUGGAUCAUUUCUGAUUUCACCUCCGUCUACUCCUUCCUUCCCCUCUCCGUGAUCAUUUGAUCCACUCCCUCAGUCCAUUUGUUGUAUAUAUAUAAAGGUCCUCAGAAGGCUAUAGGGCGAGAGCUGUCUGAAAGCGUUCGAAGAGAGCCUUCAUAGAUCAUGCAGGGCCUACGAGCUCCUCCUGAUGAUCUCUCAGUUCUGGAGAGGCAAGGGGCGUGCCUGCUGAAUUGGCAGCAGCAGGGCCGAGAGCAGUCAAAUUAUAAUCCUCGCGGCGGCGGCUACUGCAGGCAGAUGCAGACUUCCUUCCAGGCGCUUCCCAGUGGCUGCGGCGGGGAGAAGAACGCGAACCACGGCGACGUUCAUGGAUCAAUCGACUGUUUCAGUAACGGAUGGCCUGAUCUUGCUAAUAUUCGUUAUCCCGUUCAUGGUGCUGCUAACGUUGAGGAAACAAGUAUUACUAACGUAAGCAGCAACAGCUCAAGGAAGAGGAAGGCAGAUAAAUCUCCCAGAUCAAAGGAAAAGGAGAAUGGUGGAGGUGGCAAAGGUGACAGCAGCUGUAAGAGAAUUAAAGAAGAGACGGGAGGAGGGGCAACCUCAGAGACGGGGCAACCCAACAAGAAGGAAGCAGCAUCUGGAGAUGCCUCGAAGAAGAAUGACAAACCUCCGAAGACCGACUGCAUUCAUGUCAGAGCUCGCCGGGGUCAGGCCACUGACAGUCAUAGCUUGGCCGAAAGAGUGAGAAGGGAGAGGAUCAGCCAGAGGAUGAAGUACCUCCAGGAUUUGGUGCCCGGAUGUAGUAAGAUAACGGGAAAAGCUGGUAUGCUAGAUGAGAUCAUUAACUAUGUCCAGUCUCUCCAAAGACAAGUCGAGUUCCUGUCGAUGAAACUUGCUACCGCGAGCCCAUUGAUGGACAUCAACAUCGACAACAUCUUCGGUAGAGAGCUCCCGAUGCUGGUGCAGAUAAAUCCGUCUUGCAAAUCAGGCAGCACUGCGAUGAUCGGCAUGUCGUCGGAGCUGCUGGACCAAUCCUACCUUCGAUUCGACUCCUUACAACAUCCUCAUCCUUGCUCCGGGCUCGACACGUUCAUGGAUUCUUCGGAUUUAGUGCUUCGGCAGAACGUCAAUCCACCAGUAGCAGUGCCUGAUGCAUCCUUUGGUUCAUCUUUUGAUGUCAAUGGGUGUUCUGUUUGGAGUACAAACCUGCAAAGCUUGUAUGGCGUGGAUUUCCAGCAAGGAAGAGGGGCAGCCCUCCCCUUCUAAUCAUCAGAAGGAAGCGUCUUACCUAACAAUCUCAAGAUGGAGAUGUGAUGGUUAAUCCUCGUCCUUGGAGUCUGAGGCCCAGAGAUUGUUCGCCGUAAAUAUUUGUUGUAAUUGUAUUCAUUCAUGCUGCAGCAAUGCGAACCAACGUGCAUGAUAUCGACCAUGUUCCUGUUACCUUCCAAUAGGACUCCAAUUGGUUCUGCAUUUCGUCAAUGGUACUCACCAUAAUCACAUAGUCUCCGUUAAUAAUCAUCACCUAAAGCCCUGCUUUCCAAUAUCAUACAGCUUCUGCCUUUUGGUUGCUAGCUACUAACAUUUACCUGAUGUUAGGCAGGCAGUGUACUCAGGCUCAGCUCCUUGCAGACUAUAUAUACCCAUGGAUAACAUAUGCCCAGUGGAACUUCAAUCAUGCUUUUGAUUAUAAGGGAAACAACACCUGUUUCGAUCUACUAUUUGUGAAUCAGCAACAAAGGAUAAAGCCUCAAAAAUGACAUGGCAGGAUUGUUUCCGUAAACGUCAAGCAAAAGUGUCUGAGGACAUAAUAAUCACGGUCAUGCCUUCUCUUGUCAGUCGAGCAAGAUCUCCGUUUGUGCUGGCUUAAAGAUAGUGUUGGACAAUGCAAGAUUGGUCACACUGCAAAUCCAUCAAGAGCAUGGAUGGCAAUCCAAAACUCGACUACACUGUGUUAGAAAUUAAGUGGUACUGCU